AAUUUUUCUAGGUUUAAUACCCAAUUUGGGCCCUAAACUUUUAUUUCUGAACUUAGUUCGUCCUUUAACUUCAGAAAGCACCCAAAGCAUCCUUAAACUUUAAUUUUCCGGAACCGAAAUGGUCCUUCUGUCGACGGAAUUGCAUAUUUGGCACGAAUCAAGUUUGAUCUGGAACACUCCUGAACUGGCUCGCUCGCUUCUUCCAGAUCUUCACCCAGAUCCUCAGGUUGGUGGGUCACCAUCCACUUCUGUCCUUGUCGUCAUCGUCAUCUUCUUUAGCGCGCUCGCUUUCUUCUUCCAAAUCUUCACCCAGAUCCUCAGGUCGGUGGGUCACCAUCCGCUUCUAUCCUCGUCGUCUUCUUCAGCACACCGUUUCAAGCCCUUUCCCAUCGUUGACUCGCCGGAGACCGAGUCUCCUUUGGUGGUUGAGAUCGCCGCCGUUUUCGACUCCGCCACCACCGUAGUUCUUGACUUGGAUGAAACUCUAGUAUGUGCAUAUGAGACCUCUACUCUGCCUCUUGCUCUUCGUAAUCAAGCAACAGAAGUUGGAUUGAAGUGGUUUGAACUUGAAUACAUGUCUUCAGACAAGGAUUCCAUCCUUACCAUGAGUUUCUCGAUUUUCUCCUCGGUAACGGUGGUGACGGAGUUGAAAACGGCGACGAUCUCAACCACCAAAGGAGACUCGAUCUUCGGUGAGUCAACGACGGGCAAGGGCUUGAAACGGUGGUUGAAGACGACGACGAGGACAGAAGCUGAUGGUGACCCACCGACCUGAGGAUUUGGGUGAAGAUCUGGAAGAAGAAAGCGAGCCAGUUCAGGAGUGUUUUAGAUCAAACUUGAUUCCUUCUUUUCCAUAAGGUGAGAGAGAUAGAAAUGUGACGUGGAAUGAAAUUGGUGCCAUGUGUGUGUGGUGUUUUUCCAGGUAAGCUUGUGAAAAUUAAAAGAGGUAAUAGGUG